AUGAGCUCCAAGUACCCUUACGACGUUGAUGAAGCAUCUUCGGAUGAAGAGGAUACUGGUACUGUGGGGAUUAAUCUGGCCGCUCUUGCACCCGGAAAUCCGUUCCUCCAAGAUAUCCUUCAUCGCCUCGUAGUAAAAUUCCAAAGAAGUCAAACUCCUUUGGUUUUCGAGGAGGUUGAAGUAUGCUUCAAUCCUAUGUCGUCUACCACCCGCGAAUGCGCGUUGCAUAAGAAAGACGGGAGCGGUCCCUGCCUGAAGAAAUACGGACGGCUUGAUCGAUCCAUCUAUCACAUUCAAUCCCAUCUAGGAAUCAAGCCCUACGAGUGUACGGGUUGCCCCAACCCACCGUGUACUGCCAAGUUCAGCUCGUUGAAUCAACGUGAAACUCAUAAGAAUGACGCGGAAAAUUACGUUCGAAGAAGAACAUUGCUCGUCACAGAGCCUCCAACAGCUGUCAACCUCGAACGGAUUCUUGAUCUAGCUCUGUAA